AGUUCCAUACAGAUACACAUACACGUUACAUUCUUCCGUCCCAGCUUGAAAGAAAACCACAUCACCAGAGCUUCAACUUGAACGAUGGCGCACAGAGCGCUGGAGGUGACCCUGCUGUCGGCCAAGGACCUGAAGAACGUGAACCUGAUCACGCGCAUGGAGGUGUACGCGGUGGCGACCAUCUCGGGCGACCCGAUCACCCGGCAGUGCACCCCGCCGGACCCGCACGGCGGCCGCAACCCGACGUGGAACGCGACGCUGCGCUUCAGCGUCCCGGCCACCGCCGAGGAGGCCCGGGGCGGCUGCCUCCACGUCCUCCUCCGCGCCGAGCGCAUGUUCGGCGGCGACCGCGACGUGGGCGAGGUCAUCGUGCCCCUGGAGGAGAUCCUUACGGGCGGCGGCUUCGGGGCCACCAGCUCGCCGCGGUUCGCGUCCUACCAGGUCUGCAAGGUGCACCGCUCCGAGACGCGCGGCCUGCUCUACCUCACGUACCGCCUCGGCCCCGUCGUCCCGCCGUCGCCGCCGCAUGGAAAGCCGGCCGACGGGUGGCCGGUCGUCGGGUACCCGGCGCCGCAGGUGAUGCCGUCUUCGCCUGCAACACCAGCCGGUGGCCAUGGGGAUGGGCCGUUUUCGCCGGCAAAACCAGCUGCUGGCUAUGUGGAUGUGUUGCCGUCUCCAAAACCUUAUGGGUACGGGACGACGCCGCCGUCUCUAAAGCCAACCGAUCAGGUGGUGUCCAUGACAACUUCUCCAAAACCAGUCGGGCGUGUGGUGUCUAUGCCACCGUCUCCAAAACCAGUUGAACAUGUGGUAUCCAUGCCGCCGUCUCCGAAACCAGCGGGGCGUGCGGUCUCCAUGCCGCCUUCUCCAAGGCCAGCCGGGCAUGAGGUGCCCAUGCCGCCUUCUCCAAAAUCACCCGGUGGGCAUGUGUCGUCUCCGAAAUCAGCCGGUGGGUAUGUGCCGUCAUCUCUGAAACCAUCCGGUCAUGUCAUGCCACCAUCUCCAAAACCAGACACGUCUAUAGCCAUGGCGUCGUCUCCAAAGCCUGCCGGUGGACAUAACAUAGCCAUGCCAUCGUCUCCGAAGCCAUUCGGCGGGCAUGCAUCGUUUGUGCCGCCGUCCCCAGCACCAUAUGGUGAGGCGGUGGGCGAACGCAUUUUUACCAUGACAGAAAUCUACCGGUGUCCCAUUAUCCAGCGAGGAGCCGCCUCCACCCCUAACUAGUACCGGAGUACAUGUUGAAUAACAAGAGCAUGUGGGUACAUGCAUCACCUAGGUAGCAUGAGUCGUACCCAGUGCUACACUUCUGGUGCUACUAGAUAAGAGCAAGUGUACCAUCAGCUGCUAAAAAGCUAGCAGAUGAACUUCAAAAAAAAAAUCUAGCAGAUGUUUUAGUGGUGUAUGCAUGUAAGUCGGUUGUAAAAGCAAUAAGAGCAAUCAGGUUUCAAAGCCUCUA